GCUGCAGCGAGGUGUACCUUGCCGCCUUCGUCACGGCGUGAGACAGAAACGCCAUCACUCUGCGCCGCAGCCCGGCUGGAGUCAGCGUGUCGCUGUAAAUAAAUCCGUCAGAAGCGGCUGAUGGUGUCUCCGGUGAAAUAUGUCGGUGUUUCAUGAUGAGGUGGAGAUUGAGGACUUUGAGUUUGACGAGGAGACGGAGGCCUACUACUUCCCUUGUCCUUGUGGAGACCGCUUCUGUAUAACCAAGGAGGACCUGGAGAACGGGGAGGAGGUGGCCACAUGUCCUAGCUGCUCGCUCAUCGUUAAAGUCAUCUAUGAUAAGGAACUUUUCAUGUCUGGAGAAACCGUUGAAGCUCCAUCAGAACCUAAACUGCAGCGAGUUCAGACCUGAACCAGAACCUGGACUYGACUCAAACCAGUGGACACACUCCAAGUGGAAACCUCACCCUCCAUGUCUGCUGGUGGUGCGUUCAUGUUCCACGGGAAACACCAGACCUCUGAGAAGAUGAAGAGUUUCUCCAGGAUUCCUGAACCAGUUUGUUCAGACCAGAACUGUGUCAUGUUGACACCAAGUGCUGCAUUAGACAGCAGACAGAUAUAAUACUUUAUUUUUUA